CUUUGUUCUAGCAUUGAGGAUAUGCCAUGGGCGCAGAACUUAUGGGAGAAAGUUGAGCAGCAUACCAAAAAAGGCUUUCUGAACUGGUGUAAAAUUGUAAAAAAAGUAGCCGGUAACAAAGGCGAAGAUGUCGUUAUGUGGAAUAAGGACUAUCUCAGGUCGGUCGAUGAGAUUUUUUGCGAUAUGGUGGCCGAAAUGUCGCAAAUUCAUUCGUCAACCAUCAAUAAAAUGCAAGAGUUUUUCACUCGACUAGAAAAGGCGUGCAUCGAACUCCACCAACCAUUGCCUGAAAUUAAGGAAGAAGGUUUAAGCCUUUACGAAGCCCAGCAAGAAUUAUUGAAAUACGUGAAUAAAUAUGAAGCUGUCGUUAAUGCUAAGAAACUAGCUCUGGAAAAUCUUAACAAAAAACAAAUACAAUUAUGCAAAGAGUUAGACCGGAAAAUACAAAUUGAUUUGAAGUACACCCCAUUGCCUACCCAAGCACAGUUUGAUAAAUUGGAAGCAGAAAAGUUUGAACGCGAGGAAAAAUUCGUAAAUUUGAAACACGAAAUCACAGAAAUCGUUGAUGAAAUCAAAUACAAACCCAAUAGCGACUUUGAAAGAGAGGUAUUGUCUUCAGAUGAUAUGAUGUUGAGUAACCAGAAUCUAAAAAUGCUGGAGUUUUUCGCCAAGUGUAUGAAAGAGCUCAAACUAUCCACCGAAGAAGAAGUGUCCCAUUUAAGAACAAGAAUUGAAGAUCUAUGGAAAAUGUUGGAUAUCGAGUUAAUAGAUAGAGAUGAAUUUAGAAGUCAUUAUACAGAAAACUCAUUAGAUACUUUGGAAGCGUUAAAAUUGAAGUAA